CGUAUAUCAUUCAUAUAUACCAUACAAGCAUAUAAUGACUAGGAGACGUUUGUUUUUCUAUAAAAACAAGUACGCUUUUGAAGAACGAAUAGAGUAUGGCAUUUGUCUUGAAAAUUGACAGAGUGGAUGAGUGGUGGACACGUUUGGAGGACUUUCGUGUGUCGGAGAAGGUUGGGUUUUUGGUAGAAAACUCAUUGGACCUCCUGCCAGAAUAUUUACUUCCUUGGGAGCAGCUCGGGAAGAAAGCUGCCAAGUUGAUGGAUGCAGGAGAACUGAAAGACCAAGUUGAAAAGUUACCAUGUCUGGACUACACUCACCUGAGGAGUUAUGAAGAAUACUGUUUAGCCCACAGCCUGCUGUCUACAAUUGCACACUGUUAUGUUUGGCAGGACAGAGAUAAGGGCGUGGUACCUGAGGUUCUUCCGAGGGCUGUCGCUGUACCAUGGUAUCACGUGUCCCAGUAUCUAGGACUUAACCCCGUCUACUGCUACUUGGCAUGUAUGCUUGCUAACUGGAAAAAGGAAUCGGAAGACAGCUGCGAUAUUGAACUUAUUUGCGGCGCGCCCGGCACUCCCCACACCGACUGGUUUUUCAUAGUUUCAAUUCAAAUCGAAAUUGACUUUGGCAAGGGAAUCAAGGAUAUAAUUAAAACAUAUCAGGCACUGACAACAGGUGAUGACAACGGUUUGAUAGAAGGUUUGCAAGGGAUUGCUGACACCAUUAAGAGGAUGCAACAAACACUGUCCAGAAUGCACGAAAAACAAGACCCUUGGCCUUUUUAUAAUAAACUCCGACCGUUUUUCGAAGGCUGGGGAGCACAAAGCAAAUUUCUCCCGGAAGGACUGAUAUACGAAGGUGUCAGCGAUUCACCGUUACAAUACUUGGGAGGGAGCGCCGCCCAGAGUUCAACCAUCCAGACCUUUGACGCCAUACUAGGGGUUAAACACACGGCAGAAGCAGUUCCAUAUCUCAGAAAAAUAAGAGAAUAUAUGCCUGCAGGUCACAGAGAGUUUCUGAACGCCAUAGAAAACGGACCUUCUCUCAGAAAUCACGUGAGACUAUCUCGCGACGAUGGUGUACGGAAAGCAUACAACAAAUGCAUCCAAGCACUUACCGAGUUUCGAUCAUACCACUUUACGGUUACUGUUAAAUAUGUUUUACUGCAGUCGUACAAGAAAAAUGGAAAGUCUAGUAAUAAUACGGACGCCCAAGGAGCAGGCGGGACAUAUUUGGUCUCCUUCCUGAAAUCGACUCGCGACCAGACAGCCAGAUGUAUUCUUGGCGACAGAGAGACAGGACAAAUGAAAUGGCAGGCAGACGACAUGGAUUUAGAAGGCCUGAAAAUGAAAGAAAGUUCGUCUCUUCUACACCCCGGGACCAACCUCAUCGUCAAAUCAAAAUCAGAUCAAGAGAUUUUUAAAGAAGACCAUUAA